AUGGCGGUUAAUACUGACGACUGCUCAAAGGGGAACUCGGGCCCUAGUGCCUGCACUGGGGUUUUUCGUAAUGAGCUUAGGCGUUGGUGUGGUUGGUUUGAGCUGAGUUUGAGCCGUUGUGGGUCUUCAGAGGCAGAAGUUUGGGGUAUCUUCAAGGCGCUUUUGCUGGCUUGGGAUAAGGAAUCUCACCCUUGGAGGAGAAAUCGACAAUGCUAUAGAAAGAACACGACUAUUGUUGAACCCCCUCCGCCUGUGAAGUCUGAAGCUGAAAUAUUACAAGAAAUUGAAGAUCUGGGGCUUAUGAAAGUUAUAGAGUUAGGUGCAGAUGAGGCAAAUGCAAGAAUUAAGCGGGUUGGAAAGCCGAAGCAUCUUAUGGGAAUUACCUAUACUGGAGUUCACUUCUUAUCCAUCAUAACCUUUGAUGUGUGA